UCACUACUUUUACUAAAGUUGACCGCUCCAAUUACCCAUAUACCCCUCUUUCACCAGCAUCAAUUCCCCAAAACCAAAAUCCUCACACGCGCCAUAAUUCCCACGCUUCGAUGUAAUCAAGCAGGGCUAUUUUCGGUAAUCCAUAAUAUUAAUUUACCACUAGUCACAAGUCUUUAAAAAUUCCACUGUGAUUCUUCAUUUUCAUUACUCAGAAACUAAAAUCCACUCCCACUCUAUAAAUUCAUCUCACAAAUUUUAACCUAAUCAAGUUUGAAAAAACGUUUAAGUAAAGCAGAAUUUUAAUCGGAAGUAAUAUGGCGGCGAAGAUUUUGAUUUCCAGUCCGGUGACUUUUGUGACCGGAAACGCUAAGAAGCUUGAGGAAGUCCGCGCUAUCAUCGGAAAAUCAAUUCCUCUCCGAUCUAUGAAAAUUGAUCUUCCUGAACUUCAAGGUGAGCCUGAAGAAAUUUCCAAGGAGAAGGCUCGUUUAGCUGCUGCUAAGGUGAAAGGACCUGUGUUAGUGGAGGACACGUGUCUCUGCUACAAUGCAUUGAAGGGACUUCCUGGUCCAUAUAUCAAGUGGUUUUUGGAUAAGACUGGUGUUGAAGGGUUACACAAAUUGCUGGAUGGAUUUGAGGAUAAGUCAGCUUAUGCAUUGUGUGUGUUCUCUUUUGCACUUGGGCCUGAUUCUGAACCUAUUGUGUUUGAAGGCAAAACUAUGGGUAAGAUUGUUGCUCCUAAGGGACCUAGGGAUUUUGGAUGGGAUCCAGUCUUUCAACCCGAUGGCUAUGAUCUAACUUUUGCUGAGAUAUCCAAGGAAGAGAAGAACAAGAUUUCUCACCGCUACAGGGCACUUUCUCUGGUGAAAGCUCAUUUUGCUGAUGUGGGAUAUGAAUUUGAAAUAGAGGAUUCUAAAGAGAGUGACCAGAAUGAUAAUGCUGCGCCUGCACCUGACAAAGAUCAAGCUAACAAGAGGAAAAGGGAGGAGGAUGGAGAGUCGAAGAAAACCGAGGAGGAAGCUACUACAGAGAAAAAGCUUAAGGAGGACGAGAAGGAGAAUAACUGAGGAUCUUUGUAUAAUCUGCUGCUAUUUUGCGUUAAGAGAAACGUAGCUUCUCCGUCUAGUUUAAAUAUAGAUUUUUGAAUAUUAAAGUAGUAGAAGCUUGGUUUCUUUCUUUUUAAGCUAUUAUGAGCCUACCUGAGUAUUAGUAGAGCAGUAGAACUUUAUUCUAUCAACUUUUUAAAACUUAUUUAACUUAUUUAAAUCAUGUAGUUUUAAUGUUAA